AUGGAUCCCGACGACUCUCGAGAACUGUGGAAGACUGCGCUGGGUUACUUAGCCAGCAAGCGACCCGAAAAAACGUCAUCGCCCCCAUCACUGAGGGCGGAGAGGGAUUCCGCCUGGAUGCGGGCUCACGCAUAUCUGCGGCAUGAAGCUGUAGAUGAGGACGGCCCGAGUUCCUCAGAAGACAUAGAAAGAGCACUCGGUGUACUGGAAAAUGUCAUCCAAUACGAUUUUGCUGACGACUCGGACACUAACAUACCCAACGCCGUGCCCUACCCGAAACUGCAAACGAUCCGUAAUAUGGCCAAGCGUCCAAACCGCGAAAGCCAUUCUACUCUUAACUCAACUAUUCGUGUCAGCAAACGUCAGCGAGAGAAUGAGGCAGUCAUCCAAGAGCUUUCACGCUGGGAAGCAGACGCAAAACGACGCCGAGUUGUGACUCGUGAAGAGGCAAGCGUUGUUGAUGACAUGGAAGAGCCUGAAGUGGGCUUUGCCAUCCUAUUAAGACGACAUUCUGAAUCGUUACAUCAGGGAUUACGAACACAAUGGUCCUGUGUCUGUCAAAAGUGCUCUGGCCUCAGCGUCGGGCUUGCAUUGCCCCUUCGAAGAACAAGCUGUAAAGAAGAGACCAGCUUUGAGAUGUUCUUUUGCGUACGUUCUUUCUCCGAGAUUACAUUGCAAGAGGCUAGGAUAACGGUCAAAGAUGUUCGGAGUAACAAGUGCAUGAGCACCUUCGAACCUGGCUGCAAUUCUUUGCCUGAAUUCGCGCACAUCUGCAAGUCCAUAACGGAUUCGCUCUCUCAGAGCAACCGCUUGCAUCUUCUUUACGACGGGGACAGGUUCAAGAGACUCCGCCCGGAGCCAAAGAACUUUGGCGGCUACCAAAUACCGCAGGCAGUGUCCUUGUCGGUCUUUUUUCAGCGUCAACAAGAGCUAAGGGGCGGGUUGUCAGUUUUGCCACUGAAAGCGAAACGAAUACUGGCAGUCAUUCUCGCCACGGCCUUGCUGCCAUUCUUAGAGACGCCGUGGGUGCAGCCCUCGUUUAGUCAUUCCAACAUUCUAUUCUUUCAGCCGUUACAAUACGGAGAGUUACCGAGCAUUACCAAACCAUUUCUCGACAUGGAACAUGUCCCGCUCAUUUCAGGCAAUCAGGCAGACGAUGGCGGCGCACACGCCGACCCAUCCAUUUCCAGGCACAUGGUACAUCCCAAUGCCAGUGUGUUGGCGCUAGGAAUUCUCCUGUGCGAGCUCCACUACUGCAAACCGGUGAAUGCAUGGAAAAAUGAGGAAAUGGGGACCGGAGACGUCAAUUCUAGCUAUUAUGCCAGCAUUGAUAUCUUAAAAAGUUUGGAGCUUGACGCUGGUGUAGAUUACUACCUCGCAACUAAAGCGUGCUUGCAAUGGGAAUAUUUCCCUGCAGGAGAACUGACCAGUUUCGAGUCUGUUAGUGUCCAGAAGCUGUUCUAUCAGAAUGUCAUUAAGCGACUCGAGUCCGAACUUUUCAAGUCAUGGUGUCUCAGGUCCGAAGAUCUGAGUUGUCUUGAUGCUCGCCAAGGUCAACAGUACUGGGGCGAGAUCGGGCAAGAGAUUCUCCGCCAGCAAACAACCAAAUUCGGCUCCUCUGCCAAAAGCGACCAAAACUUUGCAGUUUCUUCUCCUCCGACGUCCCUGCACUUUACUCCGCCGAACCCGAGGGCGCAAAUGCCACUUCAAUUUCCUAGCCACAUCCCAACUAAUUCACAAGUUGCGAGGCCCUCUACCGAACGCUUGUAUUUAUUCGAUGCAAGCCACCAGAAGAGCUCUGAAAACGAUACCAGCCUGUCUGACAGGUGGAUGGAUGAUCUCAUCUCCUCACUUCAUCCCCAUGUUGAUGCGUUUGAUGCUACUGCACACCCUCCUUAUGUAUCUAGCAGAAAAAUUGCCAAUGCACCCACCCCAGUAAAAAUAGCGAUCCUAGAUUCUGGAUUUGACCCUGAAAACCCUCUCAUACGCACUGAUGGCCAUCAACUCGACCCACGGAUCAAGGACGCGCGAAACUUUGUACAGGGUACAGGACCCUACGACUAUCGAGAUGAAAUUGGGCAUGGCACUCAUGCCCUCGGAGUCAUUCUUAACGUUGCUGCAUGCGCUGAGAUUUAUAUCGCAAAGGUUGCAAAUAAAGAGGAUCUCGGCCGCGAGAGCUAUGAUGCCAUCACAAAGGCAAGGUCUCCCCGCUGCGGAGCAGCUAUUCAUCACGCAGUGACAGAGUGGGACGUGGACAUUAUUUCCAUGUCAUUCGGCAUUCGUGAACACAACGAACCCAUGACCCAAGCUGUGGCGCUCGCUCUACACAAGCAGAAAUUAAUGUUUGCUGCGGCUUCAAACGACGGCGCAAAUUUUGGACGAGCUUUUCCAGCGAAAUAUACGGGGGUUUUUUGUAUACACUCGACUGAUGGAAAUGGAAAUCCGUCUGCCUUCAAUCCUACAGCAGACGAAAAGGACGUCAACUUCAGCUUACUCGGUGAACAUGUCCGUUCACAUUGGCCAGCCGGAAGGAGUGGUCAUCAUGACAGUGUCAAGGUCCUGUCAGGAACUUCGGUAGCAACCCCCAUCGCCGCUGGCCUUGCAGCUAUGAUCAUGACAUUUGUCCGACAACAAGACCAUGGCUCGGAUGCACAAAGCGACAGGCUAGGGCCUUGGUUGAAAGACGCACAUGCCAUGGAUGCAGUGCUCAAGAGCAUGGUCAGACAGAGAAGAGGAAUGGGCUACGACUAUAUCACGCCUCACCUACUCAUGGAUGCACAGUCAUCUAGAGAGAGCAUUUAUAACAAGAUCAAAGACAUAAAAAAACACAUGUAUCACUAG